CAUCACCUCGUUUUUCUUAAGUCGCUAUAAAUGGAUCAAAAACGGGAAACCAUUUUGGCGCCCUUUGGGUAAGAUGAAUUCUAUCAGUGCUUUUGGCCGCAGGCUGACUAGAAGUUUACUUGCCUUAAAGCAAUUUAAAGGUCCUCAAAAUCUUUCUUGUUUAAGCACGCAUAAUAAAGCAGAAACACCAGAUGUUAAAGAAACGAUCAAACCUGGAACUGUUCCUAAACCUGAACAGCUUUACACGCAUCUCACUUUGUUCGAGUACAAUCAGUUAAAGGCCGGAAAUAAAGAUCCUUGGUACCAAACCGCCCUCAACGGGGCCAAUCAUUGGGGCACUUACGAGGACCCCGUAAUAAUCCCCUCGUUCGAGGAUACACGUGUGAUUGGCUGCUCUGGAGGAAAAGGCCAACCCGAAGCAGCGCCUCCUCAUGAGUUUAGAUUUUUUGAACUCGAAUUGGGCGAGGAAUUAGAGUGCGAUACGUGCGGGCAAGUUUUUGUGCUUAAGAUUGUUCCUGAUCUCAUUCCUCGUUAUGAAGGAGAAGAGCAUCACUAA